UCUGACCGUUCCGCUGACGAAUAUAUUCUUGGUCGGGAUGUUCCCGAAGCGGUCAGAAUGAAUGAGCAGCAGCUUUUCUGGAGAUUCCAGACGGGCCAUGUCUUGAGCCCGCUCAUCCCCAGGCAGCCUGGAAUGCGCGUCGCGGAUCUCGGAUGCGGAACAGGCAUCUGGUGUAUAGAUCUCGGUUACGAGCUGGACACGGCCGAGAUCUGUGGCUACGACAUCUCGGAUGCCUUGUACCCGCCUCAAUCCACAUUACCAAAGAAUGUCAAAUUGGACACGCUGGACGUCAUGUCUGAUAUACCGGACAAAUUCCACGGGGCUUUUGAUGUCGUGCACCUGCGUUUGUGGGUCUGCGUGGUGAGGGACAAUCGACCCGAUAAGUUGAUCCAAGCGGUUAGCACCUUGCUGAAGCCUGGAGGCUAUGUCCAGUGGGAGGAGAUUGGGCGAGAUACCAGCCUGGUAUCUUCGUGCCCUAUGCAGCGCUUAGAGAGCCUUUAUACACGACAGCUUGAGAGUGAGAGAAUCGAUUCACGUUGGGUGGGCAAUCUGCCAGAUAUUUUCAGAGAACAGGGCUUUAGCAUAAUGCAAGGUGAACUUGGCAUGUGGGAGAAAACAGUCCGCGGAUUGUAUUAUGCAAAUUACCUGACUGUUGUGACGAGGGUCUUGCGGGCGUCUUGGGUGAAUAGCAAGGAAGAUUCAACUUACCUGGAGAAUUUGAC